AUGAACAUUCCUCAGAACCUUCUUGUCCAGUUUCCAGCUGCAUGGGUUCCUUGGAAAGACUUUGUAGCAAGUAAGGCUGAAUUUAUUGGCAUCAAUGGUAUUCCGAGAGUUGCCCAAGUUCAGAUAUAUGAAUUCUUUGAGGGACUGGCCAGCGGCUUCAUCGAGUCUAUAGACUACGCAGAUGGUAGCAUGAAGAUUCAGAAUGGCCCUGUCGUCCGUAUCAACGACCCAAGCGGUGUCUAUUCUGUUGGCUACGCUGGCUCCCCUUUUCUAACUGCAGACGAUGUCAGUCCUAGCAUCUCGUCAUUCUCAGGAUUCCCCAUGUGCAUUCCUCGAAAUGACACUGAUCCCCUAUGUCCUCUCACCAACAGGCCAUUUAACGGGCCAGGCACAUUCACUGCCCCGGACCCACUCAUAAUGACUCCGUUUCUCCCUGGUGAUUUCAUCACAUUCAGCGGCUUUCGACGAGGCAAUGAAGUGAUCGCAUUCAGCAUCGUGGCUCAAAAUGUCAUGAUCAACACACUUGGGGACCUGGCAUAUGUCCGUGUUGAGCUUGGUCUUCUGGGUAUUGACAACCCAAGCCCCAAUGCUGAGAUUGCAGAAUCAAGGUUUGUGGGUUACACGUCAAACCCCAGAGCAACCGUAUCCUUGUAUGCGCUCGAUGUCGACCCGUGCACUGGCAAUCAGACCGAUCGAAUUAUCGCCGCAAUGGGUCUUCGUGGCGGUCGCAACGCGCAAAACAAAUUUGAGUAUCGUAAUGAGAUGUUGGCACGCUACACAAGAGAGUAUCGCGUGACUGUUGAGAUUGAUGGUAUUCCCAAGACACGUCUCACCAAAAACGGUAUCGUCGCGGGGACCUAUGUCCAACCUGUCAAUGUUUGGGUCCAGGGCGAGCAAGAUGUCCCAGGUGUUCCACCUGUUCCCUACGACUUCUCACAAAUGGAAUUUCUCACGCGUGGCGUUGGCCCCGAUGAGAAUGGAAACAUCUGGGGCCCUAUUACGCCAUUUCCUCAAAGUGGCGUGUUGAUCGAUCCUGUGAUAUGCCCGGAUCCCACAGUGGCCGUGGAUGUAUGA